UGGAGGGGAAGCGGGAAGAGAGCGCUCGCGAGCUCCGAUGCGUGGAUGCGGCGGGGGAGUCGCCAAGUCAUUUUUCUCCUCGGUGCUCAGCGCCGCCCCUUGGAACUGGGGAUGCAGUGCCUCUGAGCAUGUGUCGAGUGCUCUUUUUGAAAAAGGCAAUAUGUGUCUUUAGCUCGGUGAAGCGCGCCGCUCUUCCAUUGGGGGAGAGGCGUAAGGUCUGAAUCCGAGGGGUCUGGUUUUCACAAAGCAGUUGAGUACCUUGGUUCCGUGAGUGCCUCACUUGCAGCCAGGGACGUGUGCGCAGGACUGCAGCUUUAAGACUGCGCUUAACUUCUGUACCGAAAUCCUUAACUUCGUUUCACUCACUCUCACGGUUAUCAUUUGGAGGUUUGGGCCAUGGAGGAAGCCAGCACCGUGGAGGAAGGGGAAGUGACCUCAGGGAUGCAGUCCUUGGCAGUGGAAGAUGGGCCUGCUCCAGAUAUAGCUCCUGCCACUGAGGAGCAAGAUGACACUCCCAGAGAAACACAGGGGGAAUUAUCAGGGAAGGGCGAUGAAUCUGCUGAAGAGGAUUGGUGUGUCCUCUGCAGUGAUGAGGAGCUGGAUUCCCCAGAUACAUGGAUGCCUGCACCCAAGGAGAUCCGCCGCUUAUACGAGCUCAUUGCUGCACAAGGGACUCUGGAGAUUCAGGCCGAAAUCCUCCCUCGGCGCAACCCUACCCCAGAGCCUGACAGUGAAGAUGAGGAUAAGUCUGAAGGACAAUCUGAACACCAGGAAGAAGAGGAGGAGGAGAAGCCUCAUGUGCCUACUGAGUUCGACUUCGAUGACGAGCCUUCCUCACCCAAAAGCUCCUUGAUAGAUCGACGGAGAACUCCUGGGACAUUAGCUAAGAGUCAGAAAAGGGAAGCCCGUCUGGACAAGGUACUAUCAGACAUGAAGCGCCAUAAAGUGCUGGAGGAGCAGAUUAUGAAGACUGGCUGUGACCUCUUUGACCUUGAUUCAGAUGAUGUACCCACUCCAAAACGACCAUCUGGUCUCUUCCUUCGUCAGCGCAAAUACUAAUGGUAAUGAAGAUACUCCCAGAGAGCAGGGCAGAAUGGAACCGCGGGACCUUGGGAUCAAGUACAAGGGGAAGGAACUCCUGCAUGAACCCAUUGGGUCUGCCAGUACCUUGGGCUUUGACUCAGAUCCUUCAUGGGCUGUAGGAGGUACUUGCUUGCAAAUUUCUGGGAGUAAUACAACUCUGUGAGCUGUUCUUAUGCUAAUGGAAAGAGCUGCAAAUCUGGAGGAGAGGAGCAGUUGUUGAGGACCUACAAUUUCACUUGGCAUAUGCCGUGCAUCCCAUUUUGUCUGCUAACCUCCACUCUUUUUUGUGAUCUUGAUGGGGUUCCUUGUCACAAAUGUCCUGUGCUUUGAAAGGACAAUCCAGCUGCUGGAAUGAUCCCUUGCCAGCCCCAAACUUGCAAGUGGGAAGGAGGGCAGGGCCUUGUUCCUCACCUUGUGUGAAUGAAAAGCACCAGUACUCUACCUAGAGUUGCCAGGGAACAUGGCCUUGAUGAUCAGAAAUCUUAAAUGGUAACCAAAAUUGAUCAAAAUUGUGUGCACUCUAUCUAAAAAACCAAGACAGUAUGUUUACAUUUACAUGCAUAGAUGAAAUUGUUGCUUUACAGGAGAGGAUAAAGUGAGUCUUUUCUUCUGCUCUUGGGACCUUGAUGUGCAGGAAAACAGAAUACUAUUUAGAAUUCCUCCCGGGCGUAGUCAGACUUGGAGAAAUAGACACAAAUCUGGCAAAUAAACUUAGAAG